CUCACAUUCAUACAAAAUUAAAAUAAUCAUCGUUAUUUUAAAUUAUUAAUAAACAUUUUAAUUUUGAGGUUAACACUAAUAAUAAGAUUUAAAGCUUCUCUAACUCCCAAAAAUAAUCAGGAAUUUAAAUAAUGACUAUUUUUAAAAGGCUUGUUCGCCUUCCAAAGAUUUAUAUAUGGCAAACGGCCAAAAGAUUUAGUAGUAGUCGAAAUAUUUUAAAGUUAAGUGAAAGAGGAAUGUACCAAGAUAUGUUUCCAAAUACUGCAGCAAAUGAAAUACUGAAUUUAUUAAAUAAGUCUCCACAGUGUGUAUAUGCAGGAUUUGAUCCUACUGCAAACAGCCUACAUGUUGGAAAUCUUCUUGUUAUAAUAAACCUUAUCCAUUGGCAACGAGGAGGACAUGAUGUCAUAGCUUUAUUAGGGGGUGCUACUGGUUGUAUUGGUGAUCCAAGUGGAAGAAGUACAGAUAGAGUAGCAUUGUCACAGGAUGUUAUUUUGGAGAAUAUCAGUUGCAUCAAAAAUAAUCUUGAAAAUGUCUUUGAAAAUCACAAAAAAUAUAUUUGGUCUGAAGAUGAAAAUAUGUUAAAACCUAUUAAAAUAGUAAAUAAUGAGACAUGGUAUAGAGAAAUAGAUUCAAUUAGAUUUGUUAGUGAAAUUGGAAGAAAUUUUAGAAUGGGUACAAUGUUGCUUAAACAAAGUGUUCAAAAUAGAAUCAAUACAGAUGUAGGUAUGAGUUUUACUGAAUUUGCUUACCAAAUAUUUCAAUCCUAUGACUGGCUGCAUUUAUUAAAGGAAUAUAAUUGUAGAUUUCAGAUAGGUGGAAGUGACCAAAUGGGAAACAUAAGUGCAGGCCAUGAACUUAUCAGCAGGGUGGCUAAAGAAAAUGUGUAUGGUUUAACCUUACCAUUAGUAACUACAGAAGAAGGGGAUAAAUUUGGAAAAUCAGCAGGAAAUGCCCUAUGGUUAGAUGAUAAAAAGACAAGUCCAUAUAGUUUAUAUCAAUUCUUUAUAAGAACAAAGGAUUCAGACGUGGAAAGACUGCUAAAAUUGUUUACAUUCUAUAGUUUAGGAGAAAUUAAGGAUAUCAUGUUCAAACAUAAACAACAUCCUGAGCAGAGAUACCCACAGCAGUGUCUUGCUGACCAAUUAACAACAUUAGUUCAUGGAGAAGAAGGUCUGACAAAAGCAAGACAAGCAACUGAAGCCAUAUACAGUAAAGAUGUAAAGUCUCUGAUUUCACUAACACCAACUGAUAUGGAACAAGUCUUCGAAGGAGCUGCAAUUACCCAUUUACUUUUGUCCCCGGGUAUAACGGUGUUAGAACUUGGAAUGAAAGCAAAGUGUUUUCCUACAGAAAGUGAUGCUAUAAGGAUAAUACAAGCAGGAGGUUUUUAUAUAAAUCAUCAGAAAAUGAAAAAAAUCGAUGAAGUUAUAACUGAGUCCGCACACAUACUGCCAAAUUUAGUGACUUUAAUAAGAGUAGGCAAACGAAAUUAUUAUAUUGUUAAAUGGCAAACAUGAUUGUUAUAUUGUUAGAUGUCAUUUAAGUUGGUUUAAAUAUUAAAUAAGGAUGUGUUGUGUUGUAAUAAAAA